AUGAAGGCUAUUGCCGCUCUCGCUCUCGUUGGCGGGGCUAUCGCCGCCCCGACCAAGACGGUCGAAAGCCGUCAGCUCCCAGGAUGGGGCUCACUCCCUGGCCUCGGUGGCUCUGGGUCUUCCACAGACAGCGGCCUGGGUAGCCUCGCUUCUCUGAUCCCUGGUCUCGGCAGCUCUGGCGGCAGCCUCCCCGGACUGGGUUCUUCCACCGGCAGCGGACUAGGAAGUCUCUCCUCCCUCAUCCCAGGCCUUGGUAGUUCCUCUUCUGGCAGCAGCUCCCCGGACUCGGUGGCUCCUCCACCAGCAGCGGUCUCGGCAGCCUUUCCUCCCUUAUCCCCGGUCUGGGCGGCUCUUCUUCAUCCGGCAGCGGUCUCCCCGGUCUUGGAUCUAGCACUGAACGGAGUGACCCAGAAUUCGGGCUGCCAGGAGCUGACCUUCAUCUUCGCCCGCGGGACAAGUGAAAUGGGCAACAUGGGGUCGGUCGUCGGACCCCCCGUCGCCAACCAGCUGGCCUCUCUGACCGGAAACAAGGUGACGGUGCAGGGUGUGGACUACCCUGCCGAUGCAGCUGGAAACGCCAUGAUGGGUGCAUCGGGUGGGCCUAAGAUGGCUGAGCUCAUCCAACAGGCCAAGAAGCAGUGCCCGAACACCAAGGUCGUCCUGGGUGGAUACUCCCAGGGUGCCAUGGUGGUGCACAACGCUGCGAGCAAGGUCGGUGCCGACGCCAUCUCCGGCGCUGUCUUGUUCGGCGACCCGUUCAAGACGCAGGGUGUCGGCCAGCUGGCCGCCUCGAAGGUCAAGGAGUACUGUGCUUCUGGGGACCCUGUGUGCCAGAACGGCAUGAACUUCAUGGCCCAUCUGUCCUAUGGUUCCAAUGCCCAGGAAGCUGCUCAGUUCUUGGUCCAAGCUGCUGGCCUCUCGGGGUCGAACUAG